UUUGGCACGUGCCCCACUGACUGAAUCCUCGAGUGGAACGCCUACACAGAGCAAACAACUAAUAAAAUGUGAGCACCCAGGAGGAACCAUUAUGUGCAACAGAGUGGUAUUCGUACUGAAAGGAAUCUUGUAGAGCUUGAAAAGUCUCCAGAGUAAUGAGAUCGACUCUUUACAUAAUUAUUUUCCGGCGCCAAGUUGGAUUACCUUAAAGCGCAAUUUGGGCUGGCUGAUUUCGUUUCUGAACACCAAUGACGUGUUCCAAACCAGUUCUGGAGAUAAAUGUGCUUUGGACUUGUGUUUCCAACUGUGUAUGAGUGUGUGAUGAAAAGAAGUCCGGAAACUCAGUCUGUGUUGGAUUAACGCGGUGGGAGGCGUGCCCUGGAAGCUCACAGAGUCGGAGGAUUCUUCUCGCCAUGAGUAACCCCGGCUCGCCCUCUGACGGCCAGAGCACAGGAAGUGGCUCCACGCUCAAGCCUUACCUACGCCGGAAGAAGUCUUCUUUAGGGGAAACCAAGAUUGCCGUCCUGGGAAUGUCUGGAGUAGGCAAAAGUGCUCUGUGUGUUCGGUUUCUCACGAAGCGAUUCAUUGGGGAAUAUGACCAAGCAAAUGAUAACAAGUACAAGUGUACGACAACGCUAGAAGGAGAGUCUGUAACCUUUGAACUGCUCGACACAAGAUCAAAUGGGCUCGUUUGGCUGCCGAGCUGAGCUGUUCUUUCAUGGAGGUGUCGGCCUCCGAAGACGUGACCAAGGUCAUGGACGCUUUCCACACGCUGUGCCGAGAGAUCAUCGAGUACAAGCGACGCUCACGAACCUUCCUUGACAGAGUGUUUGGACUGAAAAAGUCAUGACGAUUCUUGCCUCAAA